AUGGGUGGUGAAGAUAUUGCCCCGAGGUUCGAGACGUUGCAGCUCCACGCUGGCGCCGAACCCGACCCUCACACCAAGUCCCGUGCUGUCCCCAUCUAUGCCACCACCUCCUUCACCUUCAAUGACUCGGCGCACGGCGCGCGCCUCUUCGGGCUCAAGGAGUUCGGCAACAUCUACUCCCGCAUCAUGAACCCCACCGUCGACGUCUUGGAGAAGCGCAUCGCCGCUCUCGAGGGCGGUGUUGCCGCUCUCGCCGCUGCGUCCGGGCAAUCCGCGCAGUUCAUGACCAUUGCCGCCCUGUGCCACGCCGGGGACAACAUCGUCUCGACCUCCAACUUGUACGGCGGCACGUACAACCAGUUCAAGGUGUUUAUGCCGCGCUUGGGCAUCACCACCACUUUCGUGGACGGCGACAACGCGGAGGACUUCAAGAAGGCGAUUAACGAGAAGACAAAGGCCAUCUACAUCGAGACGAUCGGCAACCCGCGGUACAACGUGCCCGAUCUCGAGGGCAUCGCCAAGAUUGCCCACGACGCGGGCGUGCCGCUCGUCGUCGAUAACACCUUUGGCGCGGGCGGCUACUUCUGCCGUCCCAUUGACCACGGCGCGGACAUUGUCAUCCACAGCGCCACCAAGUGGAUUGGCGGACACGGUACGACGAUUGGCGGCGUCGUCGUUGACGCCGGCAAGUUCGACUGGGGCACCCCGGCGGCGCGCAAGCGCUUCCCGCAAAUGUCGGAGCCGUCGGACGGGUACCACGGCCUCAAGUUUUGGGACACCUUUGGCGCCAUCACGUUCAUCAUCCGACUUCGCGUCGAGGUCUUGCGUGAUCUCGGCUCCUGCCUGAACCCCUUUGCCGCGCAGCAGCUGCUGCUGGGCGUGGAGACGCUGAGUCUGCGCUGCGAGAGACACGCCUCGAAUGCGCUGAAGCUGGCCCGCUGGCUCGAUGCCAACGAGAAUGUGUCGUGGGUGAGCUACCCGGGGUUGGAGAAGCAUGCUAGCCAUCAGUUGGCGAAGAAGUACCUCCCCCGAGGCUUUGGCGGCGUGCUGUCGUUUGGCGUCAAGGGCGGUGGGGAGGCGGGUGGCCAGGUGGUGGACAACUUCAAGCUCAUCUCCAACUUGGCGAAUGUUGGUGAUGCGAAGACGCUUGCCAUUCACCCGUGGACGACAACCCACGAGCAAUUGAGCGAGGAGGAGCGCAUCAGCAGUGGUGUCACCGAGGACCUCAUCCGAAUCUCCGUCGGCACCGAGCACAUCGACGACAUCAUUGCCGACUUCGAGCAAUCCUUCAAGGCCUCCGCCACCAAGCCCAACGAGAAGGAGGACAACAGCAAGCCCCAAACCGGCAACACCGAUGCGCCCGCCAAAACCACCGUAUAG